AUGGCUCGCCAACGUCGUGGUGCUGCUCCUGUACGCAGCGCCCCAGCAAGACCAACCUCUGCUCCCGCCAAACCUGCUCCCGCCACUCAACAGCAUCGCCCAGCUACCACUGCUGCUCAUCCUCCAGCAGUUGCCCCAGGCGCGCAACCUCCAGCUUCCCAGGCUGCUCCCGUCCAACAGAGCGCCGGACCAGGCCUGUUUGGCCAGAUGGCCUCCACCGCUGCCGGUGUCGCCGUGGGCUCUUCCAUUGGUCAUGCCAUCGGCGGCCUCUUCAGCGGCGGCUCCAGCGCACCAGCUGAAGCUCAACAGGCACCACCGCCUGCUGCUUCCCAGUCUAUGGAUAGCGGACUGUACCAAAGCAACAGCGCUACCAGUGGGUGGGCUGAGACACCUGCGUGCGAGACCGAUGUAAAGGCGUUUAGAAAGUGCAUGGACGACAAUCAGGGCAAUAUGAGCAUCUGCGGGUGGUAUUUGGAUCAACUGGUACGCUUUUCAGACAUAAUUGGAUUUUUUUAUCUCUUUUGGAUGUUGUUGGGAUCAAUGAUUGUGGAUGCUAAUUGUUCAUGCAGAAAGCUUGCCAGCAGGCUGCUAAGCCAUAUUAGAUGGACGAAGUCGAGUAACGUUGUCAGUUGGGAUCUUUCCGGCAUGUCGUAA